UGGAGCUCAGUCUGCGUCUAACCUCCGUGCUGAAAGGUUGUAGAACAUAACCUCAAAUUCAGAUUCUCGCGCCUUAUCACUAUUUAUUACUAAUCAAAAGUAGUGGGGGAGUAUUACUAAAUAACUACUUGUGCUCUGUGUGUGUCGGUUACUCUAGCUGUUAUUUGUGUGCGUGUGUCAGUGAUUUUGGACCGAAAAAGCCAGGGAGAGGUUGAAGGAUAUAGAGGACAAUCAUGGAGGAAGGAGAGGGUGGAGCCAACCCUGUGGCGCCCAUGGCAGAAUUUGAUAAGACGCCCCCGGAAGAGGGCAGCCAAGGCACCAUACCCCUAGACGAUCUCCCACCUCCACCACUGCCUCAUUCAGCCGGGACCACCGCCAUUUCGAUCAACGAGUCCCAGUCGGCUCCAGACAGCGCGGCGUCCAAUGAGAGCAAGCAGGAGAAGAAAAAACGGAAGGAGAAGGAGGCUAAAGAAAAACAAUACCAGAGCGACUAUGACUCCGGGGAAGAUGACAUGUCAUGUGGGAGAUGGUGCGAAUAUGUGCUAGUGGUUGUGUUGGCAUCCCUGCUGCUGCUAUCUGCCCUCAUACUGGUGCUGUUCUGGACUCUCUACUACCGCAAGGGCUACGCCUGGCAGGAGUCACCCGAACACCAGUUCAAUCUGCACCCCACACUGAUGGUGGCCGGGUUCAUAUCGUUCAGUGGGUUCUCAAUGCUCCUCUACCGUAUAAGCCGCUGUUGCCGGCAGAUCUACGUGAAACUGUUUCACAUGCUGUUCCAUGCGCUGGCGAUUCCCUGCAUUGUGAUUGGCUUCAUAGCAGUUUGGGACUCCAAGAACCUCUCCGUUCCACCGAUCAAGAACUUCUACUCUAUGCACAGCUGGAUGGGACUCAUCACCAUGGGACUGUUUGCUCUACAGUUUGUAGUGACCACAUUCAUGCUGGCUGUAGCCACCUGCCUUACAGGCCUUACUCAGAAGGCUAUCCUACAAUUCGGCAAGGACUAUGCCAUCUGGCCUGAGGAGAGCAUCAUAAUGAACGCACUAGCCAUGGUGCUCGUGGCUCUUGGCAUCCUGGUGAGCUAUGCUGUGCGACGCGACUCAUUUGGCCGACGCCCUGGACAAAGUCAAGAUGGUGGCAAGCUGAUCAGCGAAAGGUUAUAGGGCAGGGUUGAGCCGUUGGAACAGCUAGAGCCGGCACGAUUUUAGAAAACUGUUCUACAAAGCAUACAACAACAACAACAACACAGAACACCUAAUGGUGACACACUAAAGUCUAAUACAACAUCAACAACACAGAACACCUAAUGGUGACACAAAACUACUGAUCCCAAAAAUGGUGAAACGAAAAGCCUGUUGAUCCCAUGAACAGCAACACUAAACUCAUGAUCCCAAAAAUGGUGAAACAAAAAACUUGAUGAUCCCAAAAAUGUUACACAAAACUUAUGAUCUUCAAAAAUAAUGACAACAAAUCCCUAGAGCCCGAACCAUGCCAAAAAUAGUCCAUACAACCCUGGAAACUGAGCACUGAAGUUCACUUUGAUCUGUCCACAUCAGUAUCGAAUAGAAUAUGAUGUUGGUGAAGGGGUGAAGUUUGGAUAGUAAUGUCCACUCUAUCACUGAACCCCAUUAAACCUUGAAUGCCAGAAGUGGUGCAUAAGCUGCUCUGUACAAAGAACUGGACUGUCCACAUUAGCUGAAUGGGAAGCAUAUUGAUGUUAUUCAUAAGAAAUGUUGACAGUUUAAAUGAAUCUCACCAUAGUCCCAACCAAAGUCCUCCGACCCAAUUUCAAUUUUUGAUGGAAUUCUUGAUGGUGAUCAACAAGGAAUUUCAAAAAGAUACACACAAUGUUUUAAAAGACAACACCUACCACACCUGACUAGGUACUCUACAAACAAAACUAACAAAAUACCUGAAUAAACCAAGAUAAAAGACAAAUCAAAAGAAUGUAUUACAAAGAUAUACGGUAGUUAAGAGCAUCUUGAGUACUGUUUUGAGUGUUAUGGAGAUUUCUAGUAUGUUAUGAUUCAUAUUCAUUUAUCAUUUUUACAAGAGGGGACUGACCGGGAGAGAAAAACUAAGAAUAUGGUACUCCUUGUACUAUUUUUCUCCCAUAUUUAGAUUACAUUUUGAGAGUUGGAAAUAGGGUUAUGAUUCCAAACUUCUGAAAUUUAGUCCAGAAAAGAUUGUUAAUUGAAUUGAAUGUUCUGUUCUAUUUAUGGAUAUAUCUAUUUGUUAUACAUGUCAAACCAGAGUCUAUUGUGGAAAAUCUAGAAAUAGUUUUUAAUUUUGUUAUUAAGCUCAAAUUUGUUCAACACAGACAUCUGAGAAAAAUAGUUACCUAUGAAUUGUUAAAACAGAAAAUAUUCAAUAGUCUAUGCAAUUGAUUAUAAUAUUAAUUUUGUGUCUUAGCAGAUUGGAGGUUGAUUUUCUUUGUUGAAAAAUAUUGACAAUGGGUUGAACCUAUGAAUUGUUGAAACAGAAAAUAUUCAAUAUUCUAUAUAAUUGAUUGUAAGAUUAAUUUCAUGUCAUGGCAGGCUAAAGGUUGAAAAAUAUUGAUAAAUUAGAUUGACAAUGGGUUACUUAGAAUAUUUAAAAAAUUGAUUCAAUUUUGAAAUGGUGUAAUAUAUGCAAAUGUCUAUAGUUAUCCAUUAGAAUGGAAUUUGAGGUAUUUGAAAUCUCUAUUGAGGUUGUAUAUUGAGAUAACCAUCGGUUGUUAAGAUUAAUUGUCUUAAAUCUCUAUUGAGGUUCAAACUAACCUAACUAAAUGAAACCAUACCCAACCUGAACUAAUUUAACCUAACUGAACCUGAUAACAAUUCACCCUAACCAUCCAUAAAACCCUGAUCUCCAAUGAAUUCAUGUUUUGCUGGACAGAAAAAUAAAAAACCAUUGGCUCUUAUGGAAGUGUUCACACUAAUGUGUAAACACUCCCAUAAGUUCCUAUUGUAUCCUUUUUCUACCUAGCAGCAAAGAAAUCCAUUGGGCAGUGGGACACAAUUUACCAAACAAUUAUUGAUUUUAAAAAAAACCUGUAAAUAAAUCAUUAUACUGAA